AUGUACUCACCCCCGGAUCAUGGUCAACAACAUGUUCAAAUUGUCGGCAAUGAUUUCCUAUCGAAAGACACAGCAUUAGCGGUGGCCGUUCCACUGAUUGCAAUGCUUUCCCUCCUCACACUUGCUCUCUCAGCCAUUCAUGCGUGUCGGAGAUUGUGCGCUCGUUUAGAGCGACAACAAGAUGAUUGCACUGUGUUGGAAGAAGGUCGAGGCUCCUUCUCGGCCUAUCCAGCUCCAAUCCCCCGUCCAAUCACUCCAUCAGCUGAAAGUUUUCGACGAAAUUCAGCACAGGCUCAAUACCGAGUGCUGAUCCAAUCGAAAUUCGAACGAGAAUUCGGCGCUCCUCGAAAUCAAUCAUUUUUAGCUCUC